UCCUCCGCGGGACCGCCCGCCUCGCGCCGGAGCUGGCCUCCCCAGGGUCUCCACGCAGCCGUCCUGGCUAGCCCAUGGUAACCUGGCAGCGCGGAGCUCCGAGCCCCGCCAGCCCGAGUGGAUCCCGGGAGCCUCCGAGGGACGGCCGCUCCAGCCCCUUUUGGACUCCAAGAAGUGUCCCAGCUCCUUUGCCUAAGUGUUGGAAUGACACUCCAACAUCUUCUCCAAGAGAUGCAGUCCAUGGGAGCACUGCUAGCCAGCAGAGCCAUGCUUCACAACUCCAGCCACAGGGAAGAUAAGACCUGGAGGGUACAGGGCAGGGACAGGGAAGAGGUAUGGGGAGGGGGAGCCCUGGCCCCCAAUACCUCCUCCCCAUUCCCUCCUGAGCCUCCAGGGGCCUCAGGCAGCAUUAUCCCUGUCUACUGUGCCCUCCUGGCCACUGUGGUCCUCGGUCUGCUCGCCUACGUGGCCUUCAAGUGCUGGCGCUCCCAUAAACAAAGACAGCAGUUGGCCAAAGCUCGGACUGCAGAGCUGGGGACCUUCGACAGGGACCAGAGGCACGGAGACAGUAUUGUUUUCCUGGACAAUCCUAGCGGUCAGGAGCCCUGCGCCCCCAGUCAGGGGCCACAUCCUGAGCUUGGCUGCCGCCUCUACCUUCACCUCCCUCAGCAGCAGCAGGAGGAAGUGGAGCGGCUCCUGGAAGUCUCAGACGAACCUGACAAGGGCUGGCAGGGUCUGGCGGGCCGCCUGGGCUACCAGACUGAUGCUGUGGAGGUCAUGGCCCAGGACCAGGUGCCAGCCUACACCCUGCUGAGGGACUGGGCUGUCAAAGAAGGCAGCGGUGCCACUCUCGGGGUGCUAGAGGACGCCCUGGCUGCCAUGGGCCGCGAAGACGUGGUCCGGGUUCUGCGCCCCCCAGCUGAGGGCUGCUCUGUGGUGUGAGCGGUGCCGGCACAGCCCGGCCGCUCAGGGAAUCUGCUUCGGUGCUUUUCCUUUCUUGGGCUUCCUGGCACUGGUGGCCUCAGCCUGCCUUGCUCUGGGGGAACAGAGAAGAUCCGGCCACCACUCAGCUCCCCUUGUCCGGCCUUCCUCCAGGACGGGGACCAGGAUGUGGGGGGGGGGGGUCAGCAGUGAGGGGUGGUCCUGCCCUCCUCCCUGCCCCACCUCCCCUCACUUAGCCUCAACUGGUUUUUCUAUUUUUGUAUCUCGUAUUAAAGGCAACUUUGGACUAC